AGUUUCAUGUGACUUCAAGUCACAGUAAAUUUUCAAUAUUGAGACCAAUUCUCAAUUAAUUUUUCUGCUAACACAAUUCUUUUUCUAGACCUAGAAAAAGUUGCCCUCUCCUGUCCUGCCUAACUGUGCACAUAAGCCGCAGCCAUUACAAGCACAAUCUCGAUGUACAAUACCUAGUCCCGUAUAUAUAGCAUACUCUCUAAAGUAAACGUAAGAGCGACAUAAUCGAUGGCGAGCCUUUCAGCGGAAAAAAAUGACAGACAUUAAGAGAGGUGUUUAACGCUGGCCGAUCUCCCGAGGAAUAUACGCGUCAACAUGAGAAAAAGGAGGAAGGCUGGCUAGUCGCGGAGUCGACCGGCGUCGCAAACGUCAAACGGUCGUUCGGCUGGAUCAGUGAGCGUCGCGACGCCCGUGGCGCAGGUUGCACCGUCUCCUCUUCUUGCGGGUCUCGCCGGUAGUCCGUACCGGUGUGUCGGACAGGACGCCGUCGCUCGCGCGGCAUCGCCGCGUCGGUGACACCGCAUGUCUGGUGUCUAUUCACUGUUGUAACCGCUCGAUAUUCCCUUUCUUUUUCUCUCUCCGGGAGGCACCAAGACAACCGGGUGACUGUUAUGGCGUGUUUGAGUGACGGCUAAAUGGGGGCCGAUGGACAUUUUCGUGUGACCUUGUCCCUCAGGAGGGAACCAAAUGCCGGUCCGGUCUUCUGCAAGAUGGAGACGUCCGCCAGGUUUCGGCAGUUGAAAACGGUGAAGCUGAGCUGCGAGACGACUUACCGGCUCGACAUCAGCUUUAAGCCGCCGCAACUGCUGCAGUCCCUGAGCAUCGGCGGAAAACCAGUAGAGGCGAUCGAACGCGCGAGAAAUGCUACGGCAUGCGCCUACAGUGCUUAUCACAGCACCAAGGACAUCCCAGCGAGCGCGCGUGGUCAUCGGGAGGAUCUGCCGAUCGCCAUGAGGGUCCUCGGCUCCGGCUACCUGACCACAUGCCUGCAGAUAAAGUACUAUCGACUGGAUGAUCAGAGCCACUGCGAAUGGGGUGCCAGACUGCACUGCAUCGAGCUCGAUUGCUCCAGCGUCGAAGGACGUCUCGUCACGGUGGAUCGGGAGACUUACAGAAAGCUCGGCAUAGAAUCUUAACGAAAUGUCAUCAUCAGCCUCACUGAUAUCGGUUUGUUACUAGCUCGUUAUACGUGACGAGAUAUCCGACGUCGCGUCGCGUCGCGUCGCGCCGUGCCGCAAUCGAUGCCUCUCACACGCGGUCUCUCAACUGAAUAUUUUAUGCUUAUUAAACGAUAAAUGCGGAUUGUACCAGAGUUAAUGUUCGGAUAAGAAGUUAAUAAUUAAUUAAUCUGGAGCACCUUUUGUCUAGAAAGCACACGCAUAGAUAAAACCCAAAAUUUAGAUAAAUUACCUAACUUUAUAUUUAUCUCGAAAUUAUUUAUAUUAAUUUUGAAAUAAAUAUCAAAAUAUAAUUGAUAA